GUCUGUGUCUCCGUCUCUACCCCCAGUCUCUGUACGAGGGGAUGGAGGAGGCUCAUCGUCCGGGGGUAGAGGAGGAGAACCUCAGCCACCUGGUGCUGCUGCUCAAGAGGCUGGAUAUCGCUGACAUGGGGCAGUGCAAGUUCCUGGACAGACCAGCCCCUGAGGCUCUGAUGCAGGCUCUGGAGGAUCUGGACUACCUGGCGGCGCUGGAUGAUGAUGGCAAUCUGUCUGAAGUUGGCAUCAUAAUGUCGGAGCUUCCCUUGGAGCCGCCUCUGGCCAAAGCUCUGAUCGCUGCCUGCGAGUACGACUGUGUGGACGAGCUGCUCACUAUCGCUGCCAUGCUCACAGCUCCGUCCUGCUUUGUGACAGUGGAGCCCAGCAGAGAGGAGGCGGUGUCUCAGUGGAAACCCCUGAUGCACGCAGAGGGAGACCACAUGACUCUCAUCAACAUCUAUAGCACCUACCUGGAGCAUCACCAGGAUGAGGCGUGGUGCACGACAAACUUUCUGAGUCACGCAGCCUUACGAUUGGCUGUGGUGAUCAGGGCGGAGCUUCUGGAGGUGAUGCAGAGAAUAGAACUUCCUGUUUCUCCGCCUGAUUUCGGAUGCCAGGACAACUGCACCAACAUCAAGCGUGCUCUCAUCUCAGGCUUCUUCCUCAAGGUGGCUCAUGAUGUGGACGGCUCAGGGAACUACCUCCUGCUGACUCACCGCCACGUGGCUCACCUGCACCCCUUCUCCUCCUACCUGAGUCUCCAGCCGUGCCCCGCCCCCCCCAGCUGGGUCCUCUACCACGAGUUCACCAUCUCCUGCGACAACUGCAUCCGCAUCGCCUCCGAAGUGCACCCUCAGAUGCUGGUGGAGCUCUCCCCUCAGUAUUAUUUGGGUAAUCUGCCCCCCAGUGACGGCAGAGAGCAGCUGAUGGAGCUGAGGCAGAAUCUGGAGCCGCCCUCUUACGACACGGGGGUGACUGCAGAGGAUUACAACAGGAUGCUCAGAGAAGUAGAAACUGAAAGUGAACCUCACACUGAGUCCAACACUGACCUCUGUGUGGUCCAAUGAGAGGGAAGAGGAGGCGGGGCUUCUCAGGAGAACACACUCCUCGUCACGCAGCUGUCACUUUAUCUGAGAUAUCUUUUUAUGAAUUAUCCCGAAAUCUCAUUUAUGGUUUGAACCAGGGGUGUCAAACUCAUUUUAGAAUAUAAUAUACAAUGGGUGUAAUUGUACAUGCCGCUUUACAGAAGCCCAUAAACUACAUGUCCCACAAUGCAUCUCAGUUUGUGACAUGCACACUGAAGAGACUUGCAAUUAUUUGCCGUAGACUUCUGCUUUCAGACGUAGUUCAUUAUGAAGUUAUUACCAGAACUGAUAAUAAUCCAACGCAGAGGCAAUAAUUUAAUAUAAUACAUUAUUUAAGUAAGGGAUAUUGUGCAGCGACGCGGUCAUUACGGGGAA